AUUGAAACCAAACGCACGCACAGCCAAGCAGACCAAACAGCACAACAAACUAACUAAAAAGGCCCCAAACAAGCGUUCUGGUUCAAAGUCGUCUCCCACUGUCGUCUUCGUCUCCUACCCCUUUCAAACAACCUCAGCCUAAAUAGCAAUCGGAACGAAAGAUGGGUUGUUUUAGCAGCAAGAGUGCUGAUUCCAAAGCUACCCGGAUGGCUCGUUGGCGAUCCACCGGUAUUGUCGCUUUACGCGACUCCAAAUUGAAGACAUUUCCUGAUGAAGUUAUUGACCUAGACAGAUCCGUGCGUACUCUCGACUUAACGCACAAUAGACUAGUUGACAUCCCAAUGGAGAUCAACAAAUUAAUUAACUUGCAGCGGUUGAUUUUGGCAGAUAACCAUAUUGAGAACCUCCCGAUGGACCUGGGGAAGCUCCAGUUUUUAAAAGUUGUGACACUUGAUGGGAAUCGAAUAACUACCUUGCCCGAUGAAUUGGGUCAGUUGGUGAGACUUGAGCAGUUAUCCAUAUCAGGAAAUUUGUUGACCCACCUGCCUGAAACUAUAGGGAGCUUACGCAAUUUGGUGCUGUUAAAUGUGUCGAAUAACAAGUUGAAGUUUCUUCCUGAAUCAAUUGGGAGUUGUUGCUCCUUGGAAGAACUACAAGGAGAUGGAAAUUCUAUCGAAGUACUUCCUGCCUCAAUUUGCAAUCUUAUUCACCUAAAGUCACUCUGCUUGAACAACAAUAACCUGAAACAGAUACCUCCAAAUUUAUUGAAAGGGUGCAAAUCUCUGCAGAACAUUUCCCUGCAUGGGAAUCCCAUCUCUAUGGAUCAAUUUCAACAGAACUUCAUCUAGAUUUACCUUCAGAUGGAAGGAUUCCAAGAGUUUGAAGCUCGGAGAAAAAAGAAAUUUGACAAGCAAAUAGAUUCAAAUGUGAUGAUCAGUUCUAAAGGCCUUGAUGAGGGGGUUGAUCUAUGAGAUUUCUGCAAUGGCAGGGUAUUAUUUUGACAAUGCCUGUCUCUGUAUAUAGUGCCACUUCUGGGUCUAUUUUAAGUUGGUAAUCUCAAGUUGACUGGCAGGAUGACAUGGAUUGAGGCUUUUCGAAUGCUAGGAAAAGAUAUUGAUUUUGAACCCGAUGAAUUUCUUUCAUCCUUUGUGAAGUUUGGAAUGAGAUCAGUUUGGCAUCCAUUUGUUCUCUGUCAUUUAUAUAAAGUACCAAGUCCAUAGGUAGUUCUCACAUAGUAAAUGGUGGCUCUUUUGCAUUGUAUAUGAAUCAAUCAAUGAUCGCUUGCAUUAUUGAUAUAAUUUUCUCAUUUCC